AUGAAUACUUUUGAAUUCUACUUAUCAAAAGUAAUUCCAGAAGGCUUUACAACGUAUUCUGUCUGCGAAUUCAGAGCAUUGUCAAAUAGUAUAAAUAAAAUAUGCAGUAUAUUUAAAAUUAGGUUAAUAAUUGCAAUCGAAAGUGGUGAAUCUGGAGGGAAUGAUGUGAUUGAUUUUCACCAAAAAGUAAAUCAUUUGACUGAACAGAAUAAUACUUCCACUAGUCUUGACAGCCCAAAAAUUAAUUCAAAUUUAACUCAUCAAACGAUUAUAGAAAAAACUGUUGUAAAUGAAACAAUUGUUAAUGUAAAUAAAAGUUUAAAUGCAACUUCAAAUAUUCAUGUCUCCUGUUUAUUAAAUAAAGCUUAUGUUAAUCAUCCAGUAGAGAUUGUCAAUUCAUCAGCAUUAAUGAAUUUACUACACAUAGAACCUAACAUCACAAGUAGACAAAGCCCUGGUAAUUGUGUUGUUGUACUGUUUUAUUCAGUCAGUUGCCCAUUCAGUUCCUUAGCAGCUCCUCAUUUCAAUGCUUUGCCUAAAUAUUUUCCCGAUAUUAAAAUGGCUGCCAUUGAUGCAAUGAAAUAUCGCAGUGUAAAUGCUCAAUUUGGUAUUGUUGGUACACCAACAAUGAUGCUUUUUCACAAUGGAAGGCCUACAGCUAAAUUUAACGAAACUUCACAAUAUGAUUUAAAAGUAUUUUCCAAGUUUAUCAGUAUUUCAUUAUCGGAUGGUAAAUUAACAAUAACACCAUCUGAACGUUUGGGACCUGUACCUUCAAUCGUCGUUAAAGAAACCGAUUACUAUCUCAUACUGUCAUGUUUGGUCAUAGUCAUACGAAUAUUGUAUUCAUUUUACUAUUCAACAUGGGGCAGGAGCCUUGUAGAUGCAACUCUUAACGCUUGGAGAGCAGCCGAAGCACAACACAUUCACACGGAUUAA